AUGUAUGCUUGUGAAACUAUGGGGGGAGCAGAUUCCAUUUGUUCUGAUAAGACAGGAACAUUGACAAUGAAUAAGAUGGUCUUAACAAAAAUUUGGAAUAAGCAGUUUUAUGAAAUUGAUUAUUUGGCUAAAGAAUAGAAUUUGAGUUAGUUGGUAUCAAAAUCAAUGGAAAAUCUAUUUUUAGAAGCAUUAUGUUGUAAUUCAUCAGCUGAAUUGACACCUGAAUCAGGAUCAAAGACUGAAAUAGCUAUACUAGAAUAUUUGCAAAAGGCAAGAAUAGACUAUAGAAGAAUGAGAGAGUAGGUAAAUUUUAUUAAGAAAAACCCAUUCAGUUCAGCCAGAAAAAGAAUGAGUGUCAUAGUGGAUACUAAACACAAUGGAUUACCAGUCAAAAGAUUAUAUAUAAAAGGAGCAUCUGAGAUCAUAGUGUAGAGUUUAACACACAUGCAUACUUAUGAUGAUUAGAAAUUAAAAUUGGGAGUUAAGGAUAUAUAAGAGAUUGAGAGAAUAAUCAGUUAGAUGGCUAAAUAAUCUUUAAGAAUAAUCUGUGUUGCUUACUUAGAUUUGAGAGGGGAUGAAGACUUAUAGAAAAUGAAUGGAAAAGUGUAUGAUAUAGAGACUUAAGAUCUUACAUUUCUAGGAUUGUUUGGUAUAAUGGAUAAUCUCAGAGAAGGAGUUAAGGAUGCUGUUACUAAAUGCAAAUAGGCAGGAAUUAAAGUGAGAAUGGUUACAGGAGACAACUCAGAGACUGCAAGAGCCAUUGCUAUGAAUUGUGGAAUUAUUGAAUAGGGAGACGGUCAAGCCAUUGUAAUAGAGGGAGCUGAAUUCAUGAAAGAAGUUGGAGGAGUUGUUUGCAAGAAUUGUACUACUGAACUGUGUAAAUGUGCUAAAUCAUCCAAUGAAGCUGAAAAGAAUGGCACUUCUUUAAGAGUGGAUACCUUGGGCAAUAUGUCCAGAUUUAGAUAGAUCUAUCCUUAAAUUGCUGUUAUGGCAAGAUCUAGACCUACUGAUAAAUAUGCUAUGAUCAUAGGAUUGAAAGAGUGUGAACAUAUUGUGGCAGUUACAGGAGAUGGUACUAAUGAUGCACCAGCCUUAAAGAAAGCAGAUGUCGGUUUUGCUAUGGGUAAAGCAGGAACAUAAGUUGCCAAAGAUGCUUCUGCCAUUAUCUUAAUGGAGGACAAUUUUAGUGAUAUUGUUAAGGCUGUCAUGUGGGGUAGAAAUAUAUUCCAAUCCAUAAGAAAAUUCUUGUAAUUUCAAUUGACUGUCAAUGUUGUUGCAGUGGGAUUCACUUUGAUCUCCUCUGCUCUAUUAAAGUAAGAUGUACUUAAACCUAUUUAAAUGUUGUGGGUCAAUCUGAUUAUGGACUCCUUUGCUUCUCUUGCUUUGGCUACUGAACCACCUUCCGAAAUCCUCCUGAAAGAUCGUCCAUAUUCAAGAUCUGAAUCCAUUGUUACAAAUAAGAUGAUUAAACAUAUUAUUGGAUAGGCCAUUUAUCAACUGGCUGUCAUCCUUGUUCUUGUGUUUCUAGCCUAAGAAUUCAUACCUGAAUAUGCUGAUGACUAUGAUGAUGUCAUUAGAGACAGAAUAUAGGAAAAAAUCGAAGAAGAUUCAGAUUUUGUUUUUGAACAAUCCUCUCUUUAUCACCCUAAAUACAAUACAGACUAUUAUCCUGAAUCUUUAAAAAUAAGAAGCGGAAGAUUCUUGACUGUUACUAGUGAGAAUGAUUUUGAAGAUAUUUUUAAUGAGUUCAGAGUGCCAUCUCGUCAUUACACCUUUAUUUUCAAUGCUUUUGUUUUUAUGCAAGUUUUCAAUUUCAUUAAUAGCAGAAAGUUAAAUGAUGAGAUCAAUGUUUUUGCCAACAUGUGCAACAAUCUCAUGUUCGUUUUGAUAGUUUUCUUCAUAAUAAUCUUGCAAAUAAUUUUAGUAACUUUUGGUAGUCUUGCUUUCUCUUGCUAUAGUUAUUAUGGACUUACGAUUCAAUAAUGGGUGAUCUCCCUUAUUAUUGGAUUGGUUGGACUCGUUGUAAGUUUCAUACUCAAACUCAUUCCUGAAUAACAUAUCUGCCCAAAAACAUAAAAUGCAGAAUCAAAGACUCUUGAUAAAAAACCAUCAGGUAUUCUAGAAUUGAGAAGAGGAUCGUCUUUAAGGAAAAAAUAAUCGAUGCAUGUAGAUCAACCACCAAUUUAAGAUAAUCAUAUUUAAUUAAUUGAAAAAUGA